UAUUACAAACAUGAACAAAUUAAGCAUUUAAAUUCCAAAUCAUAGCGUACUGUAACUUUUAUUUCAUACGCAACGAUAUUUGUCUAUUUGAGUAAUUCGAUUAAAAGAGAAAUAAGAAGGGAAAAGAUACCAUCUCUAUAAAACAUUCGAUGUCUACGCGAUAUUGUAGGUGUGUAAGGGUUGAUACGUUCUGCCAGCGCUCUUUGUACUAAGCAGGCAAACAAUAAUUAUACGUACAGCAAGAGAAUAUGUAAUAGAAUAUCUUAUAGAGUAUUCGCAACAUUGUGACAUAAAAUAAGGGAAAUAUAAUCGCUUACAUUCUUAUUCACUGAACGGCUUCCAUGACCUUUCUGACAUAAAUGUGAAUAAAAAUUUUAUUCUCUCAAUGGGAAUAUGACAAUAUGCUUAUAAGGGUAAAUGUACCCCUUGAUCAUUAAAAAUAAGACAACCGUCGCAUACUAUAUAGCCGUCAUUACGCUAUUCGCAUAAACGGAAAAUAAACGUAUACUGUAAUAAAUUAUAAUAGACUCUAUGACUAAUAACCGUCUAAUGACACAAGACUAAGAAGUAAAAACGAAUAAACUCAUAGUCUCUUGUAACAUGAGUAUAUAAUUUUAUUUAGUUGAAAUUUAAUUGUCUUUAUUAAACAAUAUUAAAACAAACUUACAUCUAUUACUUCUGUUGCAUUGCUAAAAAUGUGAAAAGUAGCAUUCUGAAAAACUGCGGUUUGCGAUAGAUAUUUGUAACUUUUUUUUUCUCUCUUUAAUAUAUUUUAUACAGCUGUGAUAUCGAUUGUUAUUUUAUAAUAAUUUAAGAGUAAAGAGCUCCUCUCAAUAUUAAAACAAAUUAAAAAAUCAUAAUUUGUAUAAAAUAAUAAUAAAUAAUUUAUAACAAAUAAUUUUUGACAUGUAGGAACACGUUAUAUUUGUGUGCAACAUCUCAGUAAGCUGAUUAUAGAGAGAGUUGCGAAUAUGCAAAUGUUUUCUCUAAAUUUUUUAAUGUAUACUGUCGGUGGUGUAUGGAGGCCGGUCAAGUGGUCAUCGAACAUUGCUAAGCUAUUGUAUAAUAUGUUUACCUUUAUUGCAAUAUUCUUGUUAUAUUUUUUGAUGAUAACUCAAUUCAUGGAUAUCAUUCUUGUUGUCGAUAAUAUCGAUGAUUUUGCAACGAAUACUUUAAUGUUUUUGACUAUUGUUGCUGUUUCUUGUAAAGCGACUAUCGUUGUAGCACGUCGAAAUGCAAUCAUCGCCUUAGUGCAAGUAUUAAUGACGGCACCUUGUAAGCCUCAAAACGAGGAUGAAGUGGCGAUACAAACAAAAUUUGAUAAGUUUAUCAGAUCGUGCUCGAUAAAAUAUUCUCUUUUAGCAACUUGUUCUUGCAGUGGCGUUACAAUAAGAUCUUUUCUAAAUGCUGUGAAUGGUUAUUUACCUUAUCGAGUAUGGCUACCAUACGAUUUUAACACAACUCCAUACGUGUUUUGGAUUACAUCUCUCCAACAAAUUAUAGCUGUGAUUUUGUGUACCAUCAUAAAUGUCGGCACGGAAACUCUAGUUUUUGGAAUGUUUCUGCAAACAUGCGCUCAAUUUGAAAUCUUUGAAAAUCGUCUUCAUAAAUUAAUUAUUAAUAAAACUAACAAAUCAAUGACAAAUAAGAUUACAUAUCUGGAAAACUCAUCUCCUUCGUCAAAUAAAGGAAAGGCGAUAAUAUCAAAAUACGUACAUCAUCAUCUCGAGAUUUACAAAUAUGCCAGAACGGUAAAUGCUAUAUUCAACCAGGUACUCUUUGUCCAAUUCUUUGGCAGUGUAUUGGUAUUGUGUACAAGUGUAUAUUAUCUAUCAACACACAGUACACUAUCGGAAACAGCUACUUUAAUAAUAUAUACUAUUUGUAUGUUUGUACAAAUUUACGUUUAUUGUUGGUCCGGAAACGAAGUCAUACUUAAGAGUGUGAGGGUAGGGGAUACAAUAUAUAAUAUGAACUGGCCUUUACUGUCGGUGAACGACAGAAAAGAAUUAUUAAUGAUCAUGUUACGCAGUACACUUCCUAUGAAAUUUACCAGUAGCUUCUUAAUAACUUUAUCUCUCCAAUCUUAUAGUAAUGUUAGUAUUCUUAUGUUUUUUUGCAAAUGUAUCUGGUCUUUCGUAUUGAUAUAUCUCUGCAAGGAAGUCCAAAAUAUGCAAAUACUUUCUCUAAAUUUUUUAAUGCAUACCUUUUGUGGUCUAUGGCGACCUAUCAAGUGGUCAUCGAAUAGUGCAAAACUGCUAUAUAACGUAUUUACCUUUAUUGUAAUAUUCUCGCAUUAUCUUUUGAUGUUAACUCAAUUUCUGGAUAUAGUUCUUAUUGUUGAUAAUAUCGAUGAUUUUGCCACUAAUACUUUAAUGUUCUUGACUAUUGUUGCCGUAUGUUGUAAAGCGACUGUCGUUGUUGUGCGGCGGAAUGCGAUCACUAAUUUGGUACAAGUAUUGACGAAGACACCGUGUAAACCUUGUGACGAAGACGAAGCGGCGAUACAAACAAAAUUUGAUAUGUUUAUCAGAUCAUGUUCAAUAAAAUACUUAAUUUUGACAACAAGCUCCGUUACAGGCACUACAAUAGGAUCAGUAUUAAAUAUUAUGCAAGGUCAUUUGCCCUAUCGAAUAUGGCUGCCAUAUAGUGACAAUGUACCUAUGAUGUUUUGGAUUAUAUCCAUUUAUCAAAUUAUAACUGUAAUUUUUUCCGCUAUGAUAAAUACCGGCACAGAUACCUUAGUCGUAGGAUUGCUUUUGCAAACGUGUGCCCAAUUUGAAAUUUUUGAAAGUCGUCUUCACAAAUUAAUAAUCAGUAAAACGAUUAAAUAUCUAGGACAUGCAUUCUCUUCAUCAAAUCAAGACAAGAUAGGGAUAUCGGAGUGUAUACGUCAUCAUCUCAAUAUUUAUAAAUAUGCCAAAACGGUAAAUGUUAUAUUCAACCAGGUGCUCUUCGUUCAAUUCUUUGCAAGCAUGUUGGUGUUAUGUACAAGUGUGUAUUAUUUGUCAAUACAUAUUACAGAACUGUCUGAAGCUGCAACUUUCUUAGUGUACACCAUUGGCAUGUUUGUACAAAUCUACGUUUAUUGCUGGUCUGGAAACGAAGUCAUUCUUAAGAGUGUGAGCGUAGGAGACGCUAUAUAUAGUAUGGAUUGGCCACUAUUAUCAGUUAACGAAAAGAAAGAACUAAUGAUGAUCAUGAUACGAAGUACAAUUCCUGUAAAGUUCACUAGCAGUUUUUUUGUAACUCUGUCUCUCCAGUCUUAUAGCAAUAUUUUAAAGACAUCAUAUUCAGCAUUUAAUAUACUUCAAAAAUAAAAUAUAAAUAACUAAAAAUGUAGUUGUUACGUAGAUUCUUAUAAAUUAGUAAAUUCUAAUCCUAAAAUAUCUACGUAUUUAUUUCAACCUUACUCGAUCCUGCACGUCUAGGAAUAAUGACGCUAUUUUAUACACACAUUGAAGAUACAUUUUGUACCAUGUAAUAAAAUUCACAUUUUGAUUUCAUAUAAUACAAGAAGCACUAAUUUAGGUUUUAACAUGGAGUCGAGGAAAAUAAUUUCUCAAGUACGUUAUAAGCGAUAUAUUAUUAUACUCUUACAGCUAGUAUAUAGUUAUUGAAUGGUCACUUGCCGUAGUCAGCCUACGUUCAAACAAUCAACUUGGAACAUAUAUAAAUAUAUUAUAUAAUAGUCAUGUCGCUCACAUUGUUUCUUAUUUUAUGCUAUAAUGUAAGGCGUUGCAAGAAGUACGAUCUACCAGUAAGUUCUGGUAAAAUAAAAAUAAUAUAAAUAUUUUAUUCGAGGGGAAUAAGAAUGUGCGUGACACUGUAAAGAACGUGUAUCAACCUUCGAUGGCGAUUGUAAGUAGAAAAAAACUUCAUAAUUAUAGUUUAUAGGAGUGGAAAGAAACGUGCGUCUCGUAAUAAAUAUCUAAUUGACUUUAUGUCAAUUUUUUAUAGACAAUUUAAUGGUACUAUGGCAAAGAAGUUCAAGUGCGUAAGACUAUACGUAGUCUGCCGUAAGACGCGCUUCGUUUUCAUUUAAAUAGAAUUUGUUAAAUUUUACAAUAAUAAAAUAUGAUGUUAGUAUUGUUAAGUUUGUUAUGUUAAGAGCCAAAGAUUUGAAAAAGAGUGCACGAUAGUGCAUGGCUCUAAACAUUAAUAUUGUUUUUUUUGUAUUCGCAUGAAUAAACGCGCGAAUUAUUAUUACAAUUGAAUAACUCUCAUUCUUCCAAGAUUAUAUUGUACGCGAUUUAUGUGAAUAAAUAAAGUGUGUUAUAUUUCAAACAAUUCCAUGCAGUGGUAAGUGUGCGAUUUAAACAAUCUACGGAUUUUAUUAAACGCGCAAUUUAUUUCAUAAAAUGUUAUACUGCUUGCUGUAUCAAAUUCAGUUUUUACUUAUAUAAUCAUACCCGUGUGGAAAUUCAUCUUAGACUCAAAAACCA